CAAUCUGACCUUCUCUGCGAAGAAAGCUGAAAGCCCGAAAGGGGAAAAGCGAAAACGAAACCCGACUGUACACUCAAUUACUGGGAAGAAAGUUCUCAUCUUUUCUCCCUUCAUUUUCGGUGAAAUAUGUUGAAAUUUCUAAUAAUUAAAGCCCCAAUUUUCAUGAGAUCGGUUCGAAGGGCUCAAUUCUGUAGCUCAGCGGUGCAAUGGGAAGGUGGGGUCUCAAUGGUGCAGGGCGCUUCAAGAGGAAUUGGCCUCGAGUUUGUGAGGCAACUACUGGGGAGAAAUGCAAAAGGCCAUGUGAUUGCUACUUGUCGGAAUCCUGAUGGUGCAACAGAUCUUAUUGAGUUGAAAAGGCAGUUUGCAGACCGCCUCAAUAUAUUGCCAUUGGAUUUGACGAAUGAAAGUACCAUAGAGGAAGCAGCAGCCGCUGUUAAAGACAAUUAUGGGUCUUUAAACCUACUUAUCAAUGCUUCUGGGAUCCUUUCAGUACCUAAUGUACUGCAGCCAGAAACAACAUUGAGGAAAGUAGAAAAGUCGUCUCUGAUGCUCGCAUAUGAAGUCAAUGCCGUUGGCCCCACUUUAGUGAUCAAGCACAUGUGGCCACUUCUUAAGGUUGGAGGUGGCUCUAGAACCGAAAGGGAAUUUGCCGUGGUGGCAAAUAUGAGUGCUAGAGUGGGCUCCAUUGGAGACAAUGGCUUGGGAGGAUGGCAUUCGUAUCGUGCUUCAAAAACAGCACUAAAUCAAUUGACAAAGAAUAUAUCUGUGGAGUUUGCUCGGAGAAAGGAUCCAAUCAUUUGCAUCCUAUUACAUCCAGGAACUGUGGACACAGAUCUUUCGAAGCCUUUCCAGAGGAAUGUUCCUCAGGGCAAGCUUUUCACAGCGGAGUUCUCAGUGCAAAAGCUCCUAGGCAUCAUAAACAAUGCUAAAGCCAGUGAUAGUGGGAAGUUCUUUGCCUGGGAUGGUCAACAGAUUCCAUGGAAAAUACCCAAUGGCUGAACGAAUCGUUACAAAUGAGCCCAUCCUGUGCUUCAAUGAUGGGGAGGGGUGUGUCACGUGUGUGUUGGCUUUUGUAAUGCUAUUUCUCUUCCAGAGAUUUUAAUCAAUUUCUGAAUGAUUUGUCAAUUAGCUACUUCCACAUCAUUCUCCCAUAAGUUCAUGACUCGCACAGCGUCCAUGAGGACUAAUAGAAUAUAUUUUUUUGAUC